AAAAAAAAAAAAAAAAAAAAAAAAAAAAGGUCGCCACCAUUUGUUGACGCCACCACCGCCACCAAAUACAAGAAAGAAAAAAAAAAAAAAAAAACACGCUAUAGCACUCUCUCAUUCACGUUAAAUCAUUGCUCUUGAUGGCACUGAAGGAACACUACGCAACAACUCAUGAAAGACAUCUUAUGCACUUGCUCUUACUUUAUUGAUCUUUACUCUCUCUUCUACUUCACUUAUACGGCACUAGUACCUUUGUGGCGCUGGACCAAACUUUGGCCAUAAUUCGCUUCUUUUUGCUACUAAGACUAUGAGCUCUGCUGAUAUAGCCACUGAGGCAUCGAUACACCGCCAUGAGGACGCUCAACCCAUGGACAUCGAUCCAUCGCCACAUGAACUAUCUAGAGAAAAUGCUUCAAAACAAGAUCAUUCUAUUCAAGACUCUGAGCAUGAAGUACAGCCAUCUAAAAGUCCUGAAAAAUCGCCAAAUAGGACAGGGUCCUCUCCUCAGCAUAGGGACCCAAAAGAAUCAAGGCAAUUAGUGGGAUAUGAGUCUGACCACAAUGGUGGUCGACAGCAAGAGCACAAGUCUAUGGAACCUGUAGUACGACAUGUGCAUUACAGUAAUGCUCAGGAUGGGAUCAAGUAUCACAGCAAUCUGGAUCAACGCAAACGUAGUUUUCAGCAUGUGCAAAGCUUUACACAUGAAUAUGACCAUCGACACAGACAUGAUGCACCUCACAAGCUUCAACCCAAGACAACAGAACGAUCUCAUAGUGAAGAAAAACAGUCAUCUACUACUCGAGAUGAGAUUGACAACAGAAUUGAUACUCAAGCCAAUGAAAUGCAAGACAUUGAAUAUCAAGGUGUACGUGAAAACACAAAUAUGAACAGCCCUGAGGAUCAAUCCAUGAAUAGUGGCGAUAAAAAGGUUUUAGAGGAUUCAGGAACCAAUUCUAAAGUCAAUGAUAGUAGCAUCAACCCCGAGGUACGCGAUGAUAGGCGCGAAGAAAAUAGACUCGUCAGCAUGUGCCAGGUGGAAGAGUACCAUAAUGUCGAUGAAGUGAAAAAAACUUCGGGCGAGAUUAUAAAAAAAAGUAAAAAGAAAUACAAGGAGCGGAGUCCUAAAUCCAACGAAAAAAUUGCAGAAAAGCAUCAAGCGAAAACUGCUCAACAGUCGGAACACUCCACUACCAAGACGGAACGCUUACUACAACCGAAGCAAGGGGACUCUAUGGAGCUUGAUCAAUCUUCUGCUUCGCGAACGCUAUCUAAAGGCUCAGCAAAUGAUGAAGCACCGGACGCUCCUCCACCCAAAGGGACGCGCAGCACAAAACGGGCGGUUACGAAAAGAGUUCCAAAAGUCUACCCACCAAGAAAACCCCGAGCGCGUCCAGUUAUUGUUGAACCCAUAGGUAUACCCAUGCAAACAGAUGCCUUAUCUACACUAGCUAGCGCCGCAGUCGCGAUUCAAGAUCAGAGCUCCCUCACAAAUCUUUCUGGAGCACCUCGUUCACCAAAUCCUCAGGUCGGCACUGGCUCCCCACCAGAACCUGUGGAAACGACAAAGGGACAAACUAAGGACACUGAAACUGCACCAGCUGCAACACAGUCUUCCAAAGCUGCUGGACGUUCUCCUCUCAAGACAAAUGUCACUCGCGAUGAGGGUGGGUAUCGUUGCGAACAUUGCCCUGGUGAACGAUUCGGACGCGUCCAUGACUUGAAGCGACACCAAAUCUCAAAGCACAACGAGAUGACAUGGCCAUGUGAUUUUUGUCACCGCCCCUUUGUACGUCGCGACGCAUUAUUGCGACAUUAUUCGGUCAAGGCGGCACGACGCGAUGGUGUACAUCCAACCGACCAAGAAGAGAAUCGGCUACAAGAGGCCAAGGCAAGAGCAAAGCUUCAUAGUAGAGAUACUAAAUGACAUGUCUGUAGUAGAAAGUAUAUCAUAGUCCUUUUUAUUGGUGGCGC